CCUUUCCCCCCUCCCCAAGCCCGUUUUCCGUUUUGUAGCCGCCUUCAGUGUUUUUGCGCGCUACCAGUCAACGCCUCAGGAUGGGCAACGCGGCCAGCAGCGUGGAGGGGUCGCCGGCCAAGGAGAUCAAGAGCCAGCCCGCAGCCUCCUCGCCUCUGACCCCCAAGCAGCCUGCACCCCCCAAGCAGCCGAUGCCCAGCGAGGGGGAGCUGGAGGAGCGCUUUGCCCGCGUCCUGAAUUCCAUGAACUUGCCACCGGACAAAAUGAAGUUACUCAGUCAAUAUGACAAUGAGAAGAAAUGGGAGUUGAUUUGUGACCAGGAAAGGUUUCAAGUUAAGAACCCACCUUCUGCCUACAUCCAGAAACUGAAGAGCUAUCUAGACUCAGGUGGAUUCAGCGGAAAGUUUAAGAGGCGGGUUCAAGAGUCAACCCAGGUUCUUCGGGAGCUGGAGAUAUCUCUGAGGACAAACCAUAUUGGCUGGGUCCAGGAGUUCCUGAAUGAAGAGAACAAAGGACUCGAUGUCCUGGUGGACUACCUGGCAUUUGCUCAGUGCUCUGUCACGUAUGAUAUGGACAGCACUGACAAUGGGAGCCCGGGGUCCGACAAGGGAAAAGCCUUGGACAGAUCUGUGGAGGACCUCAGCAGAAGCAACUCCUCCUCCCCCACGCAGGGCUCCUCCAAAACAAGGCACCCGACUGUCAGAUUCAAUCCGGCCCACAGCAGGAAGGCACUUCGGAACUCGCGCAUCGUCAGCCAGAAGGACGACGUUCAUGUCUGCAUCAUGUGCCUCCGAGCCAUCAUGAAUUAUCAGUCUGGGUUCAGCCUGGUGAUGAACCACCCAGCAUGUGUCAACGAGAUCACACUGAGCCUCAACAAUAAGAGCCCCAGGACCAAAGCUCUAGUCCUUGAGUUGCUUGCUGCCGUUUGCUUAGUCCGAGGGGGACACGACAUCAUCUUGGCUGCCUUCGACAACUUCAAAGAGGUCUGCGGUGAAAGGAACCACUUUGAGAAGCUGAUGGAAUAUUUCCGAAAUGAAGAUAGCAACAUAGAUUUCAUGGUGGCUUGCAUGCAGUUCAUCAAUAUUGUGGUUCAUUCUGUGGAGAACAUGAACUUCCGUGUCUUCUUGCAGUACGAGUUCACGCAAUUGGGGCUGGAUGACUACCUAGAGAAGCUGCGCUAUUCAGAGAGCGACAAACUUCAGGUGCAGAUCCAAGCUUACCUGGACAACAUCUUUGACGUGAGUGCUCUGUUGGAAGACACAGAAACCAAGAAUGCUGUCCUUGAGCACGUGGAGGAUUUACAAGAGGAAGUGGGACAGCUCACAGAGAAACUCCAGGAUGCAGAGAAUGAGUCCAUGGCCAAGAUUGCUGAGCUGGAGAAGCUGCUGUGUGAGGCACGCCAUGAGCUGGAGACCCUGAGGGUACGGACGAUGGAGGACGAGCAGCACAAGAAGGAGCAGGUUGGCAAACCAAACAGUUCUCGGAGUCCCUCGUUGCUGCAAGUGCAGCUGCCUGCAGCAGUAAAAGAGUCCCCGCUGCACCCAGCCUUAGAACACAGGCUGGAGGAGCUUGAGGACAAAGGGCUGAUCCGGAUCCUGCGUGGACCAGAUGGAGACGUCGUUGUUGACAUUGAGGUCAUCCCCGUCACUGUGGAGACCACAACAGUCCCGUCAGUUACAAUUGACGUGCCCUCAUCAACCAGCACAGAUUUUCCUUCCCCAUCCAUAUCCCCAGUUCCAGCUGCAACUCCAGAAAUCCCCCCACCCCCACCCCUGCCUUUCGCCAAAGACACCAGUGUCACGGUUCUCCCCUCUGCUCCAGAAGUUGGUCCGGCUCCUCCCCCACCAGCACCACCCCUUUCUGGGGCCAGUGAGCCGCCACCUGCUCCACCACUUCCUGUGGCAGGAACUGCGCCCCCUCCACCCCCACCCCUCCUUCCAGCAGAUGGCCCGGUUCCUCCACCUCCUCCACCUCCACCUAUGGCUGAAGGGGUGAACCCACCUGGCACUGCCGUUAGUUCUGCUGUCAAAAUAAAAAAGCCAAUACAGACCAAAUUCCGCAUGCCCACCUUCAACUGGGUGGCUCUGAAGCCGAACCAGAUCAACGGGACUGUCUUCAAUGAACUCAACGAUGAGAAGGUCCUUCAGGAGCUUGACAUGAAUGACUUCGAGGAGCAGUUCAAAACCAAGGCUCAAGGCCCCAGUCGGGAAAUCAGCAGCUUGAAGGCCAAGAUAACCCAGAAGGCCCCCAGCAGAGUGACACUGAUUGAGAGCAACCGGGCCAAGAACUUGGCCAUCACACUGCGCAAGGGAGGGCUCACCAUCGAUGGUAUCUGCAAGGCCAUCCAGACAUAUGACCUCCAGUCCUUGAGCCUCGACUUCCUGGAGUUGCUCAUGCGUUUCAUCCCCACGGAAUAUGAACUGACUGUGAUCCGCAAGUAUGAGAAAGAGCAGCGGCCCCUGGAUGAGCUUUCAGAUGAGGACCUGUUCAUGAUCAAGUUCAGCAAGAUCCCCCGACUGGCAGAACGCAUGAACAUCAUGACUUUCUUGGGCAACUUUGCAGACACUGUGCAACUUCUCUUGCCGCAGCUGAAUUCUAUCAUUGCUGGCUCCAUGUCACUGAAGUCUUCUACCAAACUGCGUCAGAUUCUGGAGAUUGUCCUGGCAUUUGGGAAUUACCUGAACAGCAGCAAACGAGGAGCAGCUUACGGGUUCCGGUUGCAGAGCCUUGAUGCACUCCUGGACAUGAAGUCAACAGACCGGAAGCAGACACUGCUUCAUUACAUCGUGCGGGUGAUCCAGGAGAAGUAUCCUGAGCUCAUUCAUUUCUCCAGUGAACUUCACUUUCUGGACAAGGCAGGGACAGUGUCACUGGACAGCGUAUUGCAAGAUGUGCGUGGUCUGCAGCGAGGCAUGGAGCUCACACGUAAGGAGUUCAUGCGCCAGGAUGACAGCACUGUGCUCAAGGACUUUCUUAAAGCCAACACUGAGGUGAUGGAAAAGCUGCAGGCAGACAGCAAAAUGGCACAGGAGGCCUACGAAUCCAUGGUAGAGUACUUUGGGGAAAACCCCAAGACCACCCCUCCCACCAUGUUCUUCCCAGUGUUCGUACGCUUUGUCAAGGCCUACAAGAAAGCAGAAGAUGACAUCCAGCUAUGGAGGAAGCAGGAAGCAGCUGCCAAGGAGGAGGAGCAAGUGGACUCCGCAGGAAAAGAGGAACAGUUAGCACCAAAGUCUCCCACCCACAAGGCUAAGCGGCAACAGAUGGACCUCAUAGCUGAGCUGAAGAAGAAACAGCUUGUGAAGGAGCCCAUUAUUUACGAGGGGAAGGAUGGAGCCAUUGAAGACAUCAUUACAGGCCUGCGGAACCAGCCGUACCGGCGAGAGGACACCGGUCGGCACAGCGGCAGGAAACGGAUCGUCGGGCAGACACUGCAGGUGUCCUCCGACAUCUCGCUGUGACAGCCAUGAAUGGAGAACAGCCAGCUCUUUGAGCCUUGGUUGAGGAUGCAAGGGGUUCGUGGCCAGUAGGCAUGGACCGAAAGCUUCUCUCACCAAGGGCUGAAGGGAUUCAGGGCAGGACACUCCUCCCUUCUGCCUCUUCUGCAGCUUCUGAAGCCAUUUGUGGGCUUUUGCGCACACACACAUCACACAAACACCCAAGCCCUGCUCAUCACACUGCCCACUGGAUUAACACUGCUUCCUUUUGAACUGUCUCAUCUUGGCCUUACUGGACUGAUCUAGGAUGGAAUUAGGGCCAGGACAAGAGUGUCUACUGCGUGCCACAGUUCAACAAGACAGCAGAAGGGGUCAGAAGGCAGAGCCAGCCAGUGGUACCACCACCAUGCACCUUCCACAGCCACGGAACUUCAUGGCUUCUGCCUCUCCUGUCAAGGUGGAGAGUGACCUAACAGGCUAGAUCCUCCCUCCCUCUUAACCUUUCUACCCACCAUGCUUGGGUUGCUUUUCCUGUCUUGUUUUGCAACAUGAUUCUGCGUUAAUCUUAGUCCCCCCUCCCCACAAGAGGAUUUGGGGAUCUCUUGUGGCAGCCCUUCCCAUGGGCCAUGAGAGGUUGAUUUAUGGAGAAGCAGGUGCUCAGGCACUCACUGAGAGUUCAUUAGCCAGGAGUGUGUAUUGUUGGGCUCCCUCACGUCAUGCAUUUGAACCUCUUUAAGGUGCUAGGAAACACCCCAAGCAAAAGCAGUGUCUAUCUCAGAACUUUUGUGGCUAUUGGCACUAUUAUUGGAGAGCCUGGCUGUUAUUCUCCAUUUGCAACAUUAAACAGCCCACGUUCAGGCCCUAGCUUUCUUAUGGCACAACGUAGGGCUCUCACUGGGCUAUUAUCCAGUCUCUGGUCCACCCUAUGCUUUUAUAAACAUGCCUUUCCCCCCCCCCCACCUUCUGUAAUGCACAAAUCAUGUGGCCAUUUCACAUCAAGCAGUUGCAUAUCAUAUUCCUUUUAUGCCCUUUGCCUGUGUCUUUCCAAGGCUGACUGCAACCAGGUGAAUAUACCUGGCAACUCUAACUCUUUGUGUUAGUCUUGGAUGGAGUCCAGCUACUUGGAAGUAAAAGUUCAAGGACACGAAGUUUCCUAUUGGGUAGCAGAAUAUUCCAUUUGAAGUUUUAAAUAAUCCUGGCCUCCCCUUCUAGCAGAAUGCUUCAGCCUCGGGGGCAGCAGGCCUGUUAACUGAAAUAGCAUUUCGGGAUGGGAGUUCCUUUGGCACUUUUAAAAGCCAUCUUGCUCUGAUGCAAGAAAGCUUAGAGGCUUUGAGACAAUCAGACUGGGGACAGUGCUUCAUCUUGCCACAAGGUGUCACCCUUUCUGUGGCUUUUCCACUGGUGCUUUAUGCUUCUCUGGGAGAAUCUGGACGCUUAAGGACUUUCGUCUAAGCAGCCAAGGAGUGCUGUUAUUAACACCACACACACUGUAAUUAACUUCCAGGACCCGUGAUGCAUUAUCCCUAGGAUGGAUUCAGUCAGCUGCUUGUAUUCUCCGUGCUCUUACCUUAUCUACUCCUGGGACCAGAUUGCCAGAAGGAUUCUCUGGCACAAACUCUGCCAUCCGCACAAGGCAGGCAGUCCCACUGUUGCAAGUACAAGAGCAACCCUAACAGGCACUGGAUGACCUUUGGCAAUUCUGUUCUAAGUAGACCUUGAGGAGCAGUGCCCACUUGCUCAUCACAGCAUUCCUGGCGACAGUCUUGUACCCACCUACAAAACUGGGCACUGCGCUCUUAUUGCUACCCUUAUACAGUGUCUGUACGGGGGGUGGGAAUAGGAGGAAGGUGUUGGUCCAUGCUGCCACCAGAUCCAUCCCUUGCAACAGGGUCAGCUGCUGCAAUCCAGCCAUCCAUCCCCUGAUGCAAAUACAGACACUGGCCACUAGGAACAAUUUGCUCCAGCGGAGGAUGCUGGCAUGCAAAACAAUGCAGCAAAAUUGCAUUUGGUGCAGCAAUAAAUACAUACUGUAGCACAUGCAUACCGCCGCCACUACCACACCACCCUUCUGAUCCGUUUAGCCUAAACUCUCAGCAGUUAAGGCAAGGCAUUCCGUCUGCUCACUCAGCACUAGUCCUAAAGCACACUUGCUUAGAAGCCUCCCUUUGUGGCUUAUGCUUCCCCACUGCUUUUCUGCUGUAACUUAAACUUGGCUAAAAUGCCUAGCAUAGCACCCUUGCACAUCAACGCAUUGCUCCAUGCGGGUGGGGGGGGAGGGGGGGAAGUGCUAGAAGGAGAACUGAAUGUGGAACUUACUAUGUUUUUUAAAAUGCCUUGAAUCAUGUAGGGAAAGGACCUCAAAACCCUAUGAUUGCUACUUUGUAUACAUUAUUUUUAUAUAUGGUUAUGUGAAUUGCAUUUAAUCCAAAGCAAGUUAAC